UGAUAAGCAGAUGAAAUACUUCCAACAGUUGGCAUCUGUGCUUCAUCAAGUAUUUCUCUAUGAAAAUGGCGAGUGAUGCUCUCGUCCUCUGCUGGUGCAGAUGCAGCUCUGCCCGCAGACGUGUCCUCUUUUCUGUCAGACUGUGAUGAUUCCUCCUCCUCCAUGGAUACCAGCAGUUGCACCAGUCUGUUUUCCCCCGAGGUGUUCCGCAGAGAGGAAGUCUUGGAGGAGCCAGUCACGUUCCCCAGCUUGGUGGAGCCGGAGGAGCUGCAGGUAAAGAACUCCACCCUCCUGGACCUCAGUUAUGCGGAAGACAUCAACAUGCAGCAGCCCCCCAACCUGUCGUCCAUCAUAGAUUUCUCUGAGGUACAUGAUGACAGAGAUCCUGGGAACAGAUACCCCUCUGGCACUGAUCCAGCAGCUGGUUCAACAGAAGAGAAAUUGUUGAAUGUGUCCAUCGAGAGAACUCCUCUACCUUGUGGAUACAGUGCACCCCCAGUGCCCACAAAAAUACCAAGGCAAGGGAAGAUCAGGACCAUUAGGUGCAGGAAGAAAGUUACCUUCAAUUCCUGUGUGCUCUUGGAGAUGCCUCAUGACGGCCUGGCAACUCCCUCGGCCAAUCAGGGAACAGGCAACCCAGGGGUCAACUGUGAUGGGAUAGUUCCAAGGGAGGAUGUGAAGAAGUUGACCUUGACACCAGCCUUUCCUACCACCCCAGAACAAGCAAAGUUCUUUGACUUUGCAGACAAGGAAGAGAGAGAUGCGUUCUUCCAGCGGUUGUGUCAGAGGUUCUCUUUUGAUUUCCCCUUCAAACUGGUAAGCUUGAAUCUGGGACUUGGGAAUUUGACAUAAACACAUCCAGAACCAUCAGACGUCAUCAAUCAAAGUGUAUUCAUGCAAUAAAAUAAUCUGACAAAGCACUUUUUUAUACAUCAUAUACAUGUCAGAUAUCACAAUUUCUUGACUUGGAGAAUUUAACAAUUGUCUGUAAUUUUGGAACACCAAUCAUUGUGACUUGAUGUGCUUUCUCAUUAGAUAACGUAAAGCGUGAAUGACACAAUGAUGGGGGCCUGUGACCAGGUCUGUUGAAAACAGGACAGUUGGCCCUUCACUUUCACUUCACAAACAUACUAAAUGUUCAUUACUUUUGUAAAAAUUGAGCUUUAACUGUACAGCUGCUCAAAUGCCUGUACAUCAAAUGUCCAGUAGAGGGCAGGCUUGGCAUGUGCUUAUUACUGUUUACUUAAAAUUAAACUAUUCAGCGGUUAUAUAAUUUUACAUUAAAAUGUUUAUUUUUUGUGUAAUUUUCUAAAGCAUCCAUAUUAGAAAUCUGCAAGACAUAGCUGCCCAAAUUUAACUAUAAAAAAAAAUUCAAAAAUUUCAAACAUGUUACAGUCUGGAUUUGUUGUACAUUUAUUGAAUCUAUUGUCAAGCUUCAUGCUGUUAUGACCUUAAUAUUGGACGUUAUGUUGUAUUGUA